UGUCUCUUCCCUGCACCCCGGUCUGUCUCACUUCUGCCCACCCCCUCCAUCCUCCUCCCUCCCACAAGGACAAGGUGGCCUGGUGUUGUUUCUACGGAGGAGAGGAAGAGCAAGCAAGCAACAACGGCAGCAGGCGGCCACAAACGAGCUGCUGCCAACCCCUGCACAGCCUGGGCUCUGAUCAUUGAUUGACACAAGCUCAGCUAGCUAUUACCUUCCCUUUUCAUUUUUUAUGCACACAUGCAUAUAUAAUCCCACCCAUCCCAAUACUUGCUCCUAGGUUCUUGGCACCUUUCUGUCCCUUUAGAUUUCCUUGGAUUCCAUAUAGGCAGGGGGCAGGGCCUUUAGAUUUUUCUAGCUGUAUCCUCUCCUGGUUUCCUGAUUCUUCUUGUUGGGGCUCUUGACUCCCUCUGCUCUAUUUUGGUUCUGGCCCCAGUUCUUUGCCUGAAGAUUCAAUCUUGUAGAGUUUUUCUCUGAAUUCUUGUUGUUCCUAUUGUUGGAGGCCAUGGAUGAGAGGAUCCCACCGCCCCCUUUCUUCCAGCACUCACCAUCUGGUGUCCAUUCUUCCCCUCAUCGCCACAACUCCAUGUGGUCUUGUUCCUCUAAUGCGGAGAGAUACCUUGCUGCGUUACUUGCGGAGAGGCAGAAAUUAGCGCCUUUCGUGCAAGUUCUCCCAUUUUGUACCAGGCUUCUAAACCAAGAAAUUUUGCGGGCAUCUUCUUUGCCACCUAUCCAAACUUUUGUUGAACCUGAGAGAAUUGAUCAUGGUAGUCCCUUAAGAUUUGCUGGCCAACCUAUGAAUGGUCAAGACUUGGAUCUAUAUGGAUGGUCGGGAAUGCAAACAGAGAAUGUAGGAGUACUCCAAUCCCCAUCCAUGGUAUGGAAUGGUGCUCCGGGAGUAGUUGGCAGCCCUGUCGUGAAAAAGGUUGUCAGGAUUGAUGUUCCAAUUGACAAGUAUCCCAAUUACAACUUUGUUGGCCGUUUGUUGGGGCCACGAGGAAACUCGCUGAAAAGAGUUGAAGCUACAACCCAAUGUAGAGUAUAUAUUCGUGGACGGGGUUCAGUGAAAGAUUCUGUUAAGGAAGAUAAGCUGAGAGACAAGCCUGGCUAUGAGCACUUAAAUGACCCACUACAUGUGCUUGUGGAAGCUGAGUUCCCAGCAGAUGUUGUUGAUGCACGACUAAACCAAGCUGUGGCCAUAAUGGAGGAUCUUCUCAAACCAGUUGAUGAGUCCAUGGAUUACUACAAGAAGCAACAGCUGAGGGAAUUGGCUAUACUUAAUGGCACUCUAAUGGAGGAAAGCCCAAGCCCCCAUCUUAGUCCCAGUGUAUCCCCCUUUAAUUCUACUGGGAUGAAGCGUGCGAAGACAGGGCGGUGAUUUUAGUCUAAAAAUGCAGUGCUUCAGGUGAUCAAGAUAUUAGAUAUGUAUAUCAGAUUGCGGAUGUGCUCCACUGCGUGAGAUGAUUGUUGGUGCAUACAAGGGAUCAGCACAUCUGGCUCCACCGCUCCAGGCCUGUCAUGACAUGCGCUUUACUGUGGAAAACUGGAAAUCCCUAGAAUGGACAGUCGAUGUGCAAGAUAUUUGUCUACUCGAGGGUUUGCUGUUUGGUCUUAUUAUUCUUUGUGUAUCUAACUUUGAAUAUUAACAUUAUUGGUUGGGUGGUAAUAGGUUUUGGGAUUGCAGUAUUGACAAUAACCAGGGUUUUGAAUGUAUAAGAAAUAGUCUCGACUUGUUAGAAAUGGUUGAUAUUCUUGCGGACAACUGUGGUCUCAGUAAAACUAUUGCACUGCAGUAUUCUUCCA